CAGUCUACUACAUUUUCUAGAGAGAGAGAGAAAUACAGGGGAAGAGAGAGAAACAGAACUCCUUUCUGCAAAAUAAAAAAAAAAAAAUCAAAAAAUGUCUCUCCUUUCAGAUCUAAUCAACCUCGACAUCUCAGAAACUGAGAAGAUCAUUGCUGAAUAUGUCUGGAUCGGCGGCUCCGGUAUGGAUCUCAGGAGUAAAGCAAGGACUCUCCCCGGGCCGAUUACCGAUCCUUCGCAGCUCCCUAAGUGGAACUACGAUGGUUCGAGCACCGGUCAAGCCCCCGGCGAAGACAGUGAAGUGAUCCUAUACCCUCAAGCCAUUUUCAAGGAUCCAUUCAGAAGAGGCAACAACAUCUUGGUUAUGUGUGAUGCAUACACUCCAGCUGGCGUGCCGAUCCCUGGGAACAACAGGCACAAUGCAGCCAAGGUUUUCAGCCACCCCGAUGUGGUGACUGAAGUACCAUGGUAUGGUAUCGAGCAAGAAUACACUUUAUUGCAAAAGGAUGUUAAGUGGCCCGUCGGAUGGCCAAAGGGAGGUUAUCCCGGACCUCAGGGCCCGUAUUACUGUGGAGUUGGAGCGGACAAAGCUUUUGGGCGUGAUAUAGUCGAUGCUCAUUACAAGGCUUGCAUUUAUGCUGGAAUCAACAUUAGCGGCAUUAACGGUGAAGUUAUGCCUGGACAGUGGGAGUUUCAAGUUGGACCUGCUGUUGGAAUCUCAGCUGGUGACGAGGUUUGGAUUGCUCGAUACAUAUUGGAGAGGAUCACUGAAAUUGCUGGGGUUGUGCUAUCAUUUGACCCAAAGCCUAUCGAGGGUGACUGGAAUGGAGCCGGUGCUCACACUAAUUACAGCACCAAAUCUAUGAGGGAAGAUGGAGGCUAUGAAAUAAUUUUGAAGGCUAUCGAAAAGCUCAGUCUGAGGCACAAAGAACACAUUGCCGCCUAUGGAGAGGGCAAUGAACGCCGUCUCACCGGAAAGCACGAAACCGCCGACAUCAACACCUUCAAAUGGGGAGUUGCAAACCGAGGUGCGUCGAUUCGCGUGGGUAGAGACACGGAGAAAGAAGGAAAGGGAUACUUUGAGGACAGAAGGCCGGCUUCGAACAUGGACCCGUACAUUGUCACUUCCAUGAUUGCGGAGACCACCAUUCUUGGAAAGCAAUGAGCAUGUUUUUUUCAAUGCAAUUAUUAUUAGCGAUUAUGAUGCUAUUUUUAUUCGAUUUUCGAAGGAAGGAUUGUAAUUUUAAGUAGAAUGAUUUGGGAUUGUUUUUUCUUUAGGUAAAGUCUUGUGGAUUUUUAUUAUUUGCUUUUUAAGGCUUGUUUGUGAGGGUUGAGUUUGUUCUCAACCUUUCUUGAUUUGAGCCUCUUAAUAAAUGAAUGAGAAUUUUCUAUUAAUGUGGUGGAAAUUUAUAUUGGUAUUUGCUUCU